AGCUAGACACUUCGUUGCUCUCUCUCUCUCUCUCUCUCUCUCUCUCUCUCUCUCUCUCUCUCUCUCUCUCUCUCCUGCAUUACAGUUUACAAGCUCUCUCUCUCUCUCUCUCUCUCUCUCUCUCUCCUGCAUUACAGUUUACAAGCUCUCUCUCUCUCUCUCUCUCUCUCUCUCUCUCUCUCUCCUGCAUUACAGUUUACAAGCUAGUGAAUUUCGAAGUCCCACAGAUUUCUAGUUUCGAGAAGUUCAAUUCAACCACGUACCCGCGGACGGUCUAACAGUUUGUAUUCCGGUGCAGAAUAUAUAGAAGAGAAGAGAGAACCAUGCCGUGCUACAGGGUCUGCCAGCACCGUUCCCCUCCGGGAGAUUACAACAAUAUGGCGAAUAUGAGGGCAUUUUGGGAGACAUGGGAUAUGAGGAUUCUAAUUCUCUACAUCCUCUUCACCCAGUUGUACCUCCAUGUUUGCGGACGGAUCCGCGGAAAGAGCGCGUCCGCGUUCAUAAUCGUCAACAUUUGGUUACUCUACCUGUUUUCUGAUUUGUUUGCAAUAAUUGCUCUUGGAAAGCUCUCCAAGCUCAAGAUCAACAACGACGCCAUUCAGUACCUCAAACAGUUACCAAAGAGUUUGAACAAGACUUAUCAGUUGCCAUCGAUCUAUUCUAACGUCACACUGGGCAAAGACGCGCUUCAGGUGAUGUGGGCACCUCUCAUCUUGUUCUAUCUCGGAGGUCCGGAUACCAUUACCGUCUUACGCUUUGAGGAAAAUAAGUUGUGGACGAAACACCUUUUAGGACUCGUAAUGCAAGGCCUAAGGACUGCUUAUGCCCUGGUAGCAACCUUGUUCUUCCCGGGGUCGCUCGCUAGUCUGGCACUGUUGCUAUGUAUUCCUGGAAUUAUCAAGUACGGAGAGAGAGUGUGGGUAGUCAUGUUAAACUCCAACGACGAUUACACGGGUUUGGUUCAGUUAGAUCCCGACAAAAUCGACCAAUAUUCCAGGGCUUCGGGAUCCAAGGCAAAGCUAGCGCUCCUAGCCCAUUCCUGGUUGCAUACUUUGAGGCCACAUGCUGAAGAUUACGAAUGUAAUGCGGACAAAGUGCAGGCUUUGGUAACACAAUUCCGUGAAAAAAUUACAACGGGUGAGGAAGCUUUCAGAUUGAUUGCGAUUGAGUUGGGUUUGAUAUAUGAGAUGCUCUUCAGCAAGGUAGGCACGAUUCUCACCUUAUGGGGAAGCAUUCUUAGAUUCCUUAGCUUCUCUUUCCUAAUUUCUCUGCUCGUGGUGUUCUUAAUGCGUCGUGACGAGUUUCCCGAACAUUUCAAAGGUGAUGAUGUGAUUACCGUCGUUCUGUUAGCUGGAGCUAUUUUUCUAGACCUAGCUGGUAUUGUUGUGCAACUUUCUUCGAAUUGGGCCUUGGUUUGGGCGUGUUAUAAUAUUGAUCAAAUUAAAUGGGGGGCUACUCCGAUUCUCUUUCUUCACAAAAAACUAAUCUCGGACCGCCCGUGGUGGUCUGGGGGCAUCGGGCAACUCAGUCUCCGGAAGUUCUGCAAAAAGUAUAAGUCUACCUGGUGCGAUGAGACGUGGGGGAAUCUUUUUGGCAAGGAAAAAAUGUUGAAGAGAUACAGAUCACGGAAGGAGCCAGUAGUCCGAGAGGAUUUGAAAGAUCUAAUCUUCGAUCGCCUUUGCGAGAUGUCAGAGAAACGUGCAGGUCCAGGUGUGAGAAGUGCUGAUCAGUGGACCCUCUUAAGGGAUGAUUUUGCGCAGCAGUUCAAGUACUGGAGAAAUGAACUAGAAUUUAGUCGAAGUAUUGUCGUCUGGCACGUUGCUACUGAGGUUUGCUACUUGUCGGAUCAUGAUAAAGACAACAAGAAAGCGCGGUUGGUCAAAAUGCUUUCCGAUUACAUGAUGUACUUGCUCGUUGCAUAUCCUUCUAGAUUUCCCUUCUGCAACAUAUGCGGCGAGAUUAUGCAGAAUCGGGAACCUAUGAAGAAACUUUUCGAUUCGUGUAAAAGGGGUAAGGAUAAAGGCAACACCACCGAUACCACACUUGUGAACAGGGAAGCGGUUGAGAAUAAAGGCAACCCCACACUUGUGAACAGGGAAGCGGUUGAGAAUAAAGGCAACCCCACACUUGUGAACAGGGAAACGGUUGAGCAUAAAGACAACCGCACACUUGUGGACGAGGCAGAAAGGCUUGUGCAAGGUAUGAAGGAGAAUCAUGAGAACAGCUGGGAUAUCAUGGGCAGGGUGUGGGUGGAGAUGAUGCGCUAUGCAGCAAGGGAAAUCCCAGUGAAGAAGCACAUUGAAGAGCUUCGACGUGGGGGAGAGUUUUCCACCCAUGUUUGGCUUCUGCUUAUGCACUUAGGCGAUUCGGAGAAGCUGGAAAAAAGUCAUUCUAGCCUGGCGGAUGAAGAUGAAGAUCACAAGGAUGGGCGGAAAGAUGACGACAAUUGGGAUCUUACAAGGUUUUGGUGGUAACCCUGCAGCAAAAUAUCGUCGGCUUGAAAAAUUUCUACGUAUGGAUUGCUUUUAAAGUGUGUUUGUUCGUUUGUUUUUAGGAAACACUUCCUGCCAUUCUGCUGUAAAAUUUCAGGACAGGUUGGUACUAUUAUGUGUGACUGUGAAUGCCUGUGUGUGAUAUUCGUGUUGUGUAAUUGGGAGAUUGGAUGAAGAGACUGAUAUCCCACCCCACACUUAAGAAUUUAGUUUCCUGUGAGUGUUCUGAACACCAAAAAAUCUAGCAGAAAAAUUCUUUUCUUACAUUUAAA